AUCGUGGUAUUUAUUUUUACGAAGCUUAAUAUUCGCUGUGUGAGAGGUUAAUUCCAAGUUAACAAAAUGAUACCCUUACCAGAAGUCGUGAAGCAGGAGGUAAUAAAGUUAGUGCCGACGCCUAUGCUCAACAGCAUUGCGUGCUUCGUUUUCUACGACAACCACCCGCGGGAUCAGAAACACAUCGAUGUGACCAUUGUCACGAAAGAUGGAGAAAUAAGGGAGUACUACAAACGAGAAUUAGCCAACGCUUUGCUCGUACACGGCCGCUACCAGCCAACUGCGAUAAAAAUCCUCAGGAACAGUAACUGUGAGAUGUUUUACUUUUUGGUGGCAGGAGACGAGUUGACGCUAGUAUCUAGGAAAGAAAGACUUUCCAUUCACCGCCGCAUACUAAACGUAGCCACAUACAGCCUAGAUGACAAUGUUUGUAGGGGCCGAGCUUGUUUGAAAGUAAUUUGUAAAGAUGACGCUGUCCCGAUGGUAUUCGAUGACAAUUUUGAAAACUUAGGUGAUAAGGCCUUACUCCUGAAUGGUAUAAACGCUGACGACUCCAUUCCAAUUUUAAACGAGCUCAAGAGAAAAUUGACUCAAACAAAGUUCAGUGUUAAAUGCAACGAAAGUACCCUCAAAGAGUUUUUAAGUCUCCGGCAAGUGUCAGCUCUUUCAGCGUACCAAAAGAUUUAUCCCAGCAAUGAGGCUGUUUUCAAUACAAAUACUAAUAAGAUGGAUGAUGUCCUGAUACUUAAAUCCCAUACACCAUAUGUAGCUCCUUGUGACAAUCAAAUAAUAGUUGUACUCAUAGUAUCUUACUGCAAUGAUCAAGUGCCCAUUGAAGAUGUCCACAUUCUGGUACAUGGUACACUCAAACCAACAACAGUAUACACAACAAAACUGUACGACAGAAUUAAUACAUCCCCUUUCUGGCAAGAGAGAAAAACUAACACACUUUUGAACGAUCAUGAUGUUGCUGUAGUCGGUGUUAUUGAUAUAUUUGAAGUUGUUAAAAACAUGCACAACACAGUGCAGUUUCAUGGUGUCAUUGCAUAUAGACGGUUGGGUAAAGAAUACAUGGUGCCAUUCGACGAAGUUGUCCGGAUUCAGGAACUGUUUUCGUAUAAGGAUAUUUUAGGAACUGAUGUGAUAGAUGAAAUGGUGAUGCUCCCUCUGAUAGCUGUUGCCCAUAAGACCAAAUUAGUCUGCCGAUACCUCAGAGAAGCCGAUGAUCCUCCUUUAGUGUUCCCGGACUCUUUUGCCACCCAUAUGUCAAUGGUCCCGGUUCAGUGUGACAAAAAUACAAUAAUUUACAAGGAACCACCACUUUACCUCCCAAUUGGUUGUAUUCUCGUUUUUAAAGAAGAAGAAAUACACGGUGACAUAUUUUCUGUAACUGCUUUCGUAAGAAAACCAGACCAGAUAGUACAAAUAAUGGGUUCCCUUUGCGGGACGGUGAAUGCCAAAAUGAUCGUUACUACACCUAGAUUACGAGUAACUUCUAAGCUUGAUAAAAACUGGAGAUUCAAUGAAGAAACCACAAUACCAGUCCCCAAUUUAGACUACGAUCAGUAUGCUUCGGCAAUAGUUAAACAAACCAAUUUGGUGAUAGAAUAUUUUGAUUACUGUAUGGCAAAAAUGAAUGAGAGCAAAGAUGUGGAAGUCAAAAAUAAGAUAGGCACAGAAAUAGAUUUAUUCGCUGGUGGUCAAGCAGCGUACUUGGAGUUCCGAAAGAAAUUAUUAGAUUUAGCUCUGACUGGUGCCAAAAGUAUGAAGGUCACAGAGGAGACAACACUAUCCAGUCUGAAGGCUGGAUCAGAGAUGGUAACUGAUUGACUUUUAUAGCUUUUAUUGUUAUUGCAAUCUGCCCCUAAGGUGAUAUUUUAUGUUAGAAUCAUGGACAUAUAAAAAAGGAAUUUAGAAAAUUGUGAUAUGGGAAAUGAAGAAUAAACAGUUCUAAGACUGUUUUGUAAAUAAGUUGUAAGCAAAAGUCGUAUUAUAUUGAGAUGUUUUACAGUAUGCACUCAAAUCUUUUUUAUAUGUCAGUGGUUGAAAUAUGAUUACUUUUUGAAGCUUUUAUCAAUUCCCACCGAUAAAGAUCGGUUAAUAAUUUUAUGUUUAAAACUGUAAUAAUUAGGAAUAAAUGUGCAUGAAGACUGUGAUAAAUAUAGAAUUUAAUAAUACAUUAGAUAUAUGGAUAAAAUAAAAUUCUUGAUUUCGUA